GUUCGAAAAUCUAUACAGUGUUAAGAGAAGUAUUAGUAAGCGACAUCACUUUAUUUUUCUGUAUAUCUGGUCAUAUAGUGUCCAAAGAAACUCGACGUUCAAAUUUUCACGAAUUGAGAUUUAAAUUGUAAAUAAAUUCGGAAAAAUUUCGUCUUUUUGUGGUAGCAAUGAUGCUCCUUGUAACGGCCGAUUUGGUUAUAAUGGCGCAUUUGUACAGGAAUUCCAUUCAGCAACCUUCGAAAAAAAUUGAUAUCGACUUACGAAAAGUUCGUUCAUUGAAUGAUAAUCUUCCUUCAGUACUUUUAUCCAAUUAUGAAAACAUAAAGUACUAUGGCAAUAUUACCAUUGGAACUCCGCCACAAACAUUUAGAGUGGAAUUUGGUAUUGGUUCCUCAAAUCUUUGGAUAUUCUCUAAAAGAUGCAACAUCUCUGUUUGUUUAAAACAUAAUCAAUAUGAUAGUACAAAAUCCAGCACAUAUAUAGCAAAUAGUUCUUUAUUUCAUAUGAAAUACUUCGAUUAUGAUAUAAAAGGAGUCCUAUCUACUGAUAUAGUGAAUAUUGCCGGCCUCAUUGUUCAGAAUCAAACAUUUGUAGAAGUGAGCGACAUUUCAAACAAUUUAUUUGAUUCUGUACCAUUUGAUGGUAUCUUAGGCUUGGGUUAUUCCAGCAAAUCUGUCCAUAGAGUAACGCCUGUCUUCGACAACAUGAUUGCACAAGGUCUGGUAUCAUCACCCAUUUUCAGUUUUUAUCUAAAUAGAGACACUUCAGUCGAGUUAGGUGGUAAAUUGACAUUGGGUGGUUCCGAUUCUGCUCAUUACGAUGGCCAUUUAACAUAUAUUCCUAUUAGUCAGAAAGGAUACUGGCAAUUUAACAUGGAUAAAAUCGUAAUAAAUAAUAUCAAUCUGUGCAAAAAAAGCUGUGAAACUAUCAUUGAAACAGAUGCUGCUAUAAUAAUUGGACCAGAAAAAGAUAUCAGAUUUAUUAAUGAACUUAUUGGAACUAAUAAUUUGCAUGGAGAGGAAAUAGUGAACUGCAGUCAAAUUUCUGAGUUACCUACAAUCCAAUUUAUUUCGGGUGAUAAGGCAUUCAAUCUUACCAGUAAAGAUUACAUCUUUCAGCACUUAGAUGUUAUUACUAAUGAAACUAUAUGUACGUGCGGCUUUCUGGGAUUAAAGAUACCUGGAAUAAAAUGGAUUCUAGGCAGUAGUUUUAUUGGCCGCUACUACACCGAAUUUGAUAUGAAAAAUAAUCGAGUAGGAUUUGCUUUGGCGAAAUAAAUAUUAACUAUUUUCUCUAGCAUUUUUCAAAAAUAUACAUCUUACAAAAUAAAAAUAUACAUAAUGUGCAUUUAUGUACAUUUGAUAGCAUAUUCUGUAGGUUUUGAAUA